AUGAAAGUCGUGGCCAUCCUCGCAGCCUCACUGUCAAUCCUGGUCCCGCUCACCAGCGGACUGGGAUUAACAGACACUAUCACAUGGGGUGGUGACAACUCACGAACGGGCUAUCAAACAAGUCAUAACAUGGACCCGGCCAUUGUCGGCAGCAAUGACUUUGCCCAGAUCUUCAAGACGGCCCUCCCAGGACAAUACAAUGGCGCAUCAGAGCAAAUCUUCUCACAGCCCCUUGUUUACACACCAUCUGGCAACAACAGCCAGUAUGUGUACUUUGCGACUACGCAAAACAAUGUCUACAAGCUGGAUGCAAAGACGGGAAAGAUCCUCCUGUCCCGCAACUUGGCCAUUCCGUUUCUGACAGCCGAUCUGGAUGGCUGUGUCGACAUCAACCCCCUCAUUGGCAUCACGUCCACGGGAGUCAUCGACCCGGAUACCGACACGGUGUACUACAUGGCGAAGACGUAUGCCGACCAAAACGGAGGGACCGUCGCCCAGGGAAAGCCCAACGGCCGCUACUACCUGCAUGCUCUCAACGUCAACGACUUGACAGAGCGUCCCAACUUCCCGGUGGACCUCGAGGGCAUUGUCGCGCGCAACAACCCGAUUCGCAGCUUCAACGGCGGCAUCCACCACCAGCGGCCUGCCCUGCUCCACUCAGGUCAGUACAUUUACGCCGGUUUCGCGUCUCACUGCGUGCAGUACAACUUUACGGGCUGGCUCAUGGGCUUCGAUAAGACGACCGGCACCGUUGUUGAGCGGUACGCGACGGAGGGCGAUGGCGUGCCCAACACCACACCCGGCGGCGGUAUCUGGAUGUCUGGUGGUGGCCUUGCCUCAGACGACCAGGGCUCGCUCUUCUUUGGCACGGGCAACGGUUUCGCCUCGCAGCUCAGCACGAUUCCCGUGGCGGGCCGCAAUCCGCCCACCUCGCUCGAGGAGGCCGCUGUGCACAUGACACUCAACGACGACGGAUCCGUGACUCUUGUCGACUUUUUUAUGCCGCAGGAAAAACAAGCCUUGGACGGCGCCGACAAGGACCUGGGCACCUCGCCUCUGGAGCUCCUGCCAAGCGAGUUCUCCUGUGGCGCGAUCACGCACAUUGGUGUCAUCACGGGCAAGAGCGGCAAGACCUACUUCCUCAACCUCGACGACCUGGGCGGCUACCGCACGGGCACCAACAACGGCGACCGCGUCAUCCAGGUGUACCAGAACGAGAACUCGGUCUAUGCCGGCGCCGGGGUGUACCCGCUGGGCGGCGGCGGCGGUUACAUUUACAUCAACGUGAUCAAGUACCCCACACACGUCUUUCAGUUCUCGUGCGUCAACGGCGUGCCGUCGUUCAUCAAGGUGGCUGACAGCCCCGAGUCCAACGCUUACACUCUCGGUGUCAGCCACGGAACAGUGACGUCGCUCAACGGUGAAGAGGGCACGGGUCUGCUGUGGACGACUGAUGUCCAGGGGAACAACCUGCGCAUUUACAGCGCCAUUCCCCAGAAUGGCUACCUGACGGAGAUACGCAACUUCUCGGUGCCUGGCACCACCAAGUUCACGCGCGCCGUCUUCGGCGAUGGCCGCAUGUACAUGGGCACAACGCAGGGCUAUGUCUAUGGAUUUGGCGCGCCCACGACGCCGCCGCUGAACUGCACGACGCCAGUCAACUUUGGCACGCUGGACAUUGCCCACGCGGCCGCCACUGCCCAGGUCACUUGCACGGCCGUCAUUGCCACGACCGUAAAGUCGCUGACGCUUGACGGCCCCGACUUUACCAUCACGUCGACCACCACAUUCCCCGCCACCUUGGCCAAGGGAAGCACAUUCACCUUUACGGCCUCGUUCAAGCCGACCACAGUGGGCCUGUUGACCGGCACCGUGUCGAUUGCUACCAAAAACGGCGUCACUGGCUACGCGUCAACUACGUCUGUUCUGCUCCAGGGGACUGGCCUCAGUACAGGCGCGCUGUUCUCGGUUUCGCCGCCACUCUUGACAUUCACCAACGUCGUCAUCGGUGCCACGCCUAGCGGCGCCCAGGAGCCAGUCAUUUUCAGAAAUCUUGGCAACUCGACCCUCAGCAUCACGGACAUUCUCUUCUCCGAAACGAACGCCACGGGUCCUUGGGUGACGGGUUCUGCUACAGAAAACGGCACGCAGAUUGGUGACUUUACCUUCUCUGCUCUCCCUUCGACGAUUGCAGCGAACGGCGGCCAGAAUAUUGAGGUCACGUUUGAUCCCACUGCCGGCGGCAAUUUUACACUGUUCGUGCAAGUUGUGACCACCGGCGGCAACCAGACAUUCGAGAUCGACGCCAACGCCGGCCCUGGUGCCACCUGUCUGCUCGAAUUCCAGACAGCCGACGGCCUUGGCUGGGUCACGUACGAGAAGAAUGUGAACUUCACCUUUGGCAACGUCACGGAGAACACGUCGCGGUCGCUGCUCUUGCGCGUCACGAACAACGGCACCGCCGACGCCGUGCCCUUGUCCCUCACCGUGUCCAAGCCACCCUUUGGCGUGGCCGGCAUCAUUGGCGCCGCCAACCAGAUCGACCUCGCCGAGGGCACCAUCUUGAAGGCCGGCGAAAGCGCCACGGCCAGCCUCUACUGCGCCGUACCCAAGGAGCAAUGGAACACGGCUACGUACUACGGCGCCGCCAACUGGACCAUGAACACCAACGACCCCACCUGGGACAAACAGUACAUCCAGUUCGCGUGCGAGGCCGUUGCCGAGCAAGCCCCGCCUCUGCAAGCCGACGGCCAGGGUGUCUAUCGCUAUGUCGGCUGCUUCAAGGAGAACAACCCGGGUCGCCAGCUGCAGAAACAGCUCUACAGCAGCACGAACAACACAGCAGCCAUGUGCAUUGUCGCCUGCGCCGCCGGCAGCUACACGUACUGCGGUACCCAGUACAGCAGCGAGUGUUGGGCCGGCAACACCAUCCCCGUCCUUCAGGUGUCUGAGAACGACUGCAACUACCCGUGCUCGGGCAGCCUGGACCAGAUCUGCGGCGGCAAUGGCGUGGGUACGGACGCCGGUGGUGCCUACAUUUCCUUGUUCGCCGUCGGCGGGGCCAGCAACUCGAGCGAUCCGACACCGCCUCCCGGUGGACCUGUUGUCAACCCGGGCGACCACGGCUAUGUGAGCGUCGGCUGCUACCACGAGCCAUCCGCGGGCCGCGCGCUCACCAACCAGUUGUCUGUCUCGAACCAGACCGUCGACACGUGCCUUGCAGCUGCGGCUGUCGGCGGCUACACGUACGCCGGUCUCGAGUACGGCGGCGAGUGCUGGGUCGGCAACGCGCUGAACACUGGCGCUGCAGAGGUCAACCUGACGACAUGCUCCAUGACGUGCAACAACAACGGCUCCGAGUACUGCGGCGGCUCGCUCCUGCUCAACAUCUAUACGCUCAACAGCACGGCCGUGCUGCCGUCGUCGUCGUCGUCGUCGUCGUCGUCUACGACUGGUACCGGUAGUACAAGCUCCACGAUGCCGUCAUCCACACCUACGGGAGGGCCCGUUGUCAACCCGGGUGUCGACGGUUACCAAUACAUUGGCUGCUGGCACGAGCCAUCGACCGGCCGUGCCUUUAGCAAUCAACUGACCGUCUCGAAGGAAACCGUCGACACAUGUCUUGCUCUGGCCGCCAACGGUGGCUACAUCUUUGCCGGUCUCGAGUAUGGAGGCGAGACACCUCCUCCAGACAACAAGACGGAACUGUGUGGUGGAAGCCUCCUCCUCAACGUCUACCAGCGCAACACUUCGACGGCCGUGACGUCGGCCACGUCGUCGUCCCUGGGCGCCAUCAUCACGUCGUCACUCUCGACCGCUGUUUCUCCGGCCUCAGUCUUGACAUCGAGCACCUCCACGGCCGACCACGCCGCCAAACCUACCGUCGGCGACUGGGUCUACCAGGGCUGCUACACCGAAGGCUCUGCCGGCCGUGCUCUCGCGGCCUUGUCGCAAACGAACAACGACAUGUCCUACGAGGAGUGCGCCAGCUACUGUGUCGACUACGCCUACUUUGGCGUCGAGUACGGCGACCAGUGCUACUGCGGCAAUUUUUUGGCCACCGGCAGCGUCCCGACCGCGGAGACGGACUGCUCCACGUAUUGUGCGGGAGACGCCGCAGAGCUCUGCGGUGCCGGCAACCGCCUGAAUGUGUACCUGCAGACCGGUGCGCGCACGGGACCGCCCGCGCCCAAGCCCCGUCUGGCCGCCACCGACUUUGUGUAUCAGGGCUGCUACACCGAGGUCACCGCGGGCCGCGCGCUGGGGUCGGCGUCCGUCUCGGCAGCCAACAUGACCUACGAGGCCUGCGCGGCCUACUGUCUGUCGGGCACCGCUACCCGCUACACCGUGUUUGGCGUCGAGUACGGCACGCAGUGCUACUGCGGCGACGCGCUGGCCGCCGGCAGCGUGCAAACAAACGAGAGCGCGUGCACCAUGGCCUGCGGCGGCGAUGCCUUUGAGCUCUGCGGCGGCCCGGGCCUGUUGAAUGUGUACAGCUACUCACCGGCGGCGGUCUCCUCCUCCUCCUCCUCCUCCUCCUCGUCGUCGUCGUCGUCUUCGUCGUCAAGCAGUACGCCAGGCUCAUCAUCGUCACCCAGCUCCUCCUCGGUGGUGGCCCCGACCGCACCGCCAGCGUCCGUGUCGCCCACUUUGACGUCGUCUGCUGCGGCGUCAUCGACUUUGGUGUCCACUACUUCGACAUCGUUUUUCUCUCUUGAGAGCCAGUUUUCCUCGUCUUCAGCAGGCUCCCAAUCCGUCCCUUCAAACACUGUGCCUUCUUCGUCGACUUCGUCGUCUGCCUCAACUUCGUCUGUGGCCAAGCCAUUUGCCAGUCUCUUCUCCUCGGUUGCCGUCUCGACAUCUUCAAGCCUCCGUGAUGGAGCAACCCCGCCAUCCUCGGCCCUUUCUUUGUCUUCGUCUUCGUCUUCAGCAAUUUCGACGCCGGUUAUCGCAACUGGUAAUGUCAAUUUUACGGUCCUCCACUGCUACCUGGAACCGUCGUCGGGCCACCUGCUGUCAGACCUUGUCGUGCAGAACCGGACAACCAUGUCGGUCGAGUUGUGUUUGGGUACAUGCUGGGACCACCAGUACGCAGGCCUCGAGAACGGCGAUCAGUGCUGGUGUGGCGACACGUUCAACCCAAGGAACAGCAGCGCCGUGAACGAGACUCUGUGCAAUGUUGCGUGCCCAGGUAAUACCACGGAGUACUGUGGCGCAGAGAAGACGAUGUUGGUGUACAAUCUGACACGGCUUGACUAG